AUGUCUAGUAGUAAUCGCGAAUCGAAAUCGGAUAGCUCGUUUGGUCAAAUGCUUGAUAGUGGGAAUAAUCCAUCAAGUUCUAGACGGCCCUCAACAGCCAAUAAUGAAUGUGUGACGACGGUGGAUCCGGUGAUUCUGACGCAGCGAUGGACGAUCAGUAAUUUCGAUAGUCUUAUCAAAUUGAGUCAACCCGGUAGCUGUUUGCGUAGUACUGUAUUUAGAGACGACGCGAUUCCGGAUGCGUGUUGGCAGUUAUGCUUAUAUCCGGGCGGCAAACGCGAAGAAAACGCCAAUAAUGUGUCAUUAUUCUUGAAAAUGUCGGCGACGUCGCCAUCGAAAGAAGUGAUUCUGAAGGCCGAAUAUCGCUUCUAUUUUCUCGAUGACAAAGAAGAGCCGAAAUUCAGCAAUGUGAAUAUUGGAGAAUUUCACGCGAAGCCGCCGAAAGGUGGACAUUCGUGGGGUUUGCGGAAUAUACCGACGCAAAAAGUGCAAAAUAGUAUUAGAAGCGACAAAUCGUUGGUAAUUUCAUGCCAGAUUGAGCUUAUUCCGGAUGUUUCGAAAGUGCCUUGCCGUCGGGUUCCGAUGGUCCCAACGGUGAAAAUGCCCAUUAAUUCGUUGCCUACGAGUUGGGUCGAAUCGGAGCUUCGAAUGCUUGAAUCGGCUGAAGGCUAUGAUAUGGAAAUCGAGGCGGGAAUCGAUGAAUGCGAGAAAUUCUACGUGCAUAGCUUCAAACUGUCGGCGCAUUCGGAUGUGUUUCGACGAAUGUUCACACAUUCGGAUAUUCUAGAAACAUCGGAAAAACGCUUGCGAAUUUCCGAUUUUACACCGACUGCUGUUCGAGCGAUGCUUCAAUUCAUGUAUGGUGGUGUGAUUCGAAUGGAUCUCGAAAUUGAGGACACAAUGGAGGUAAUGCAAAUUGCAGAGAAAUAUCAAAUUGAGUCGCUGAAACGAACUUGCGAACAAUAUUUGCUUGACAGAUUGGUUGUCUCGAAUGUGCUCGAUUGUUUGGCGCAGGGUGAUACGUUCCAGUCGGUUAUUCUCACCGAGGCUUGCAUGGAAUACAUUGUCCAUCAUCGGCACAAGGUGAUGUCGAUGCCCGCUUGGAAGGCGUUCCUGCAAGCGAAGCCAUCGCUCGGAAACGAAGUGCUCGGCAAAAUUCUGAGUGUCACCGAUGUCUCGCCGCCGCUGAAAAAAUCGCGCAUUUGA